AUGAGCGCGUUCGCGAGUGAGCCCAGGUGCACGUCACCGUCGCAGACACUUCCAGAAGUUGCGCUCUACGCUGAUGGGCAAGGCUCAGCUCCGCUCUCGGAACAGGAACUCGUCCACGGAGCAGAAGACUGGGCGCAUAUUGCUGCUUUUUAUAGGCUUUUAGAAGAGAGACGACGUCGCAACAAGUACCUUUUGCAGCGCUCUGUACACGCGGGUCUGCACCGCUGGGCACGACACCUGGUGGCUCCUCAAGAGCGGUCCCGAAAACGGACGCAAAAACGACGGGAUGAACCUGGUCAUCCAGGUCGCCUGCUAGAGCGGAUUCUGCGCGGAAAAUUACUAUGCUCCUUGGGAUUGUGGAGACCGGAUUCUACUCGAGACCGACAACUCACCGGAGCAGAUCGUACCUGUUGGCCGAACCUCACCGAGGAUGCGUUCAUUGAGCGUCUGAAACUGGCUUUUCGAAGUGAGUCUGAGGAGCUCGUACUCCACCUAGGGCCAGUAUUCGUUGAUCCCAGUGCGAACAAGUUCUCAGCGCUGACAACGAACGGCAUCGCAGCGCGUAUGCCCAGAAGCGCCCUGAUGCGAGUUACCGUGGGUAUGGGCAUGAUCGCACUCAAUCAGGAAACUAUGCUCGAUUUUGAAACUUCGGUUCCUCCAGCGGACUUGAAAUCACACAAGGGUAUCACAACCGAGAUGGCUCGGAUGCGAACGAUCGUGCAGCGAUCGUUUCGUGUGCCCGUGGAGCCCAGAGCUCCGCUGCAUCCGGAACACUGGCCCGCUGCAAUUAGCAUACCGGAGUGCUCGUUUGUAACACUCUGUUUCGACUUACGGAGCGAGCUUCUAGGCCUUUUGGGAGCGAUAACUCCCACGGAAUAUCCGAUUUUAGAAAUACGGGCGGAAUUGCCGCUUCUAAUUCCGGAGCGAGAUGCUUAUUCAACGAAUGGGUUACCCGACGGGUUGGCAGCUACGUCGUCGGAUGUGCCCUGUGGGCAGGUGUGGCGAAAAGCACUAAAACUGUGUGAUCCUGCAACAGGGCAUUGGAUGCCGAACCAAAUAUACUUGCUGGAGCUCCAGGCCGAUGCCUCUGGUGCAGUAUGGGUUCCAGGGCACGCGCCUCAACUCGCGUUGGGAAUCGAGUGGCGGCCCCAUCGAGAACAGCAUCCCGGGUAUGGAGCGGCGUGGAGCACGGGCACGAACCAGCGCCUUAAGAUACCAAAACGCGCCGAGAUGCUGCAAGCACCCGCCGUUCGCGAGCUCCCCAUGCGUCCCUGGGAAUCCGACAAGGUCCAGGCGAAGUACAAUGGAUGGCAGUCGAACUCCGCUGACACGAACGGGCUCGUGGAGCCAGCAAAGGCGGCUCCUCUGCUGCGCUACCGUAUUUGGCGCUCGCCACCCGCGCACUGUACAGGAGUCUCGAUGCGGAACGGCUACAAAGGCGCACGAUCCCAUCAGGCAUUGAUCACAGUUGACCGCUCCACCCUGACGUGCAUUUGGUGCGGGAUUCGAGUCCGGCACCUGCUGGCACUUAUGCUACACACCUGGAAGCGUCACAUGACUUGGCGAUAUACUGGCCAUCGUUUGAAGAUCUGGUACCCCCGCUCUCAGCAGAGAAUGACGAGGCAUCAGAAUCCCGUCACCCAGGGAUCAAUCUAA